GAAGCCAUUUUUUUUUAUCAUCCAAAGACAUUUACUGCUUCCUCUUUGAUGUGUAGAAUUACCAAUCCUUUUUGUUUAGGAUUUUCUCAAAAAUCACUUCAUAAGUUAUAAAAUCAUUUUUCUUCUGCAAGUUUUAAAGAAAAUAAGUUACUAUGCCUCGGUUCUUUCCAAGCAGAAAAGGUAACAAAAACAAUGAUAAUAAAACUCCCGCUGAUACAAGUAAUCAUGCGAACGAUUCGCCCCACCCAAACUCGAAUGAUAGUACAGCUGGAAACGAUGCCAACAGUGGAAAUAAUGGAGGAUCAAAAUCAGCACGGCCCAAUUCAGAAAAUAUUCCUCCUAGACCCAAGCUUGUUUUUCACUGCCAACAAGCUCACGGGAGCCCCACGGGUAUUAUUUCUGGAUUUACAAAUGUGAAGGAAUUAUACCAGAAAAUUGCAGACUGCUAUGAUAUACCUGUUACUGAAAUAUUGUUUUGUACUCUCAACACACACAAAAUUGACAUGACCAGAUUGUUAGGUGGUCAGAUAGGUUUGGAAGAUUUUAUUUUUGCUCAUGUCAAAGGUCAACCAAAAGAAGUUGAGGUCACAAAAUCAGAAGAUGCCCUUGGCCUCACAAUUACAGACAAUGGAGCAGGAUAUGCUUUUAUUAAACGCAUUAAAGAAGGAAGCAUAAUGGAUAAAGUGCCUUUAAUAGCAGUUGGAGAUCAUAUUGAAAAAAUAAAUGGAGAAAGUCUAAUUGGUUGCCGACAUUUUGAAGUUGCCAAAAAAUUAAAAGAAAUUGAAAAAGGCUCCACAUUUGUACUUAGAACAGUAGAACCAUUGAAAUCUGGUUUUUCAAACAUUGGGCCCUCAACUGGCAAGAAGGGUAGUGGAAAUCUUGGUUCUGGCAAACAAACACUUAGGCUAAGGUCAUCUGGGCCAGCCACUGUAGAAAUACCUGAUGAAAUUGUGACUGUAGCCACUGACAAGAUAAAUAAUUUACUUGAGUCUUUUAUGGGUAUCAAUGAUACAGAGUUAGCCCAAACAAUAUGGGAAAUAGGAAGAAAAGCUAAUAAUCCUAGUGAUUUUGCUAUUGGUAUUGAUGAAUCAGAUCUUGGAAUGUUUGGAUUUACAGAUGAUUUUGUAUUUGAUUUAUGGGGAGCAAUUUCAGAUGCAAAGAGUGGGAGAUUGAAUCAGGUGUCUGCAGAUUUUAAUGAGCAGUUUUAAUAAUAGCCUCCAAAGUUGUAUCCCUUUUAUAUUUUUUUUUUAUGUUUGUUGUUUCUUAUUGUAUAUGUGUCACAACUAUUGUGAGUUUGAUAUUCACAAUUGUCAAAUUUGUUGAUGGAUUUCGCAUUAGAUGUGUGGACAAAACUGUGAAAGUAUAUGAGAGUCAAAUGUUAAAAUUAUUCUAACCCACCUUUAAUUUGUGUUGAGAACAUAUCAAUGAAUUUGGUCUCAGAAAGACUUGUGAUAUAUACAAAAUCUACACUGUAAUGAAUAAUUUUUACUUACAUGCGUAACAUUAACCUAGGCUGUUGAUUUUGUUGGUUUUAUUGAAAUAUAUGGAUUACAUUCUAGCUAUACAGUCAUCUGAAAUUUUGUUUCCUUAAAAACUGGAAUAGUUUCAGCCUUAGUGGAGGAAGUCUGUGAUAGUGUUCGUUUCAUCAUUAGAUGGUUUACAUUUGUUGAACACAAUUCUAAUAGACUAAGAUCUUUGUAUUAGCUAAGCUAAGUCCUGCCCAGGACAACUUACUUUUGCUUAUUUCACUUAUUCUGUUUACUUUUGUGCAGGAAAAAGAUUCUAAUAUAAUAUUGAAGCUGAUAAAUUAAUGUUUAGAUGGUUGUUAUUGUGAUUUACAAUUUUCCAUAUUCCUAGUUAAAUUAUUGAAAGUCUUCUGUUGGAUUGAGUAUGAUAAAGAAUGGCUGUGCCUUUGUGGUAUUUUUUUUACAAAUGAUUUUUCUAAUGCUGUGCACUGUAUAAAAGCUUUAUUCCUAGAGACACAUGAGUUGCAUAUAUUAAUGUAGAUAGUACAAAAUUGAAAAAUUAGUCUUUUUUUUUUUUAUUUUUGGCUGUUUUAAUCAUUUUUUAGUUGAAAUCUUGAAAACAUCAUAGAACUAGUCUUUAAUUUAACAGUAUCCAUAAGGAAUUUAAAAAAAAAAAAAUUCUUACACCAUGUUACCAUGACUUGUUAAAUAUACCUGAACAAGAGGACAUUAUUACACUAUAAGUUACAAAUUUCCUGUCACUAUUUUUAUUGACCUUUAUUCUCUUCCUCAUCCACCCUGAUUUAUGACUAUGCCAGAAAAUCAGCAGCUAAUAUAUCUAUCCAGACUUUUCAGUAUGCAAUUAAAUAGAAAAGAAUGUAUCAUGAAUAAAUAAAGAUAUGUACUUCACAGAAAAUUCAUUGUAAUAUUGAAUCAAUCUUAAGUGGUUCUUUUUUUUUCAUUGCUCAUGUUACAUAAAAACCAACUAGGUUGUGCUGUGUGCAUUUAAGUUUUCAAAGUGACGCUGCACAAAAUUAAUAGUCCUUAUUUAAAUGGAAAAAAACAAGUUUAAUCCUAGAAGACAUUCCAAUUAUUUUAAGAUUCUUUUUCUAUUCCAAUUGUAAAUAAUUUAAUUAAAAUUUAAGAUUGAGUCUAUGUACUAUUUGAAAAUUUUACACAAGUUUAUUUCUUUCCAUUAAUCAGCCACAUUCCAAGAUAUAUUUUUGAAAGUCUUAGCCUUUAUUGAUUGUUAAUAUUUAUCACAUGAGCUUUCAUGCUUUAUAUUAUAAUGUCUAAUCUUCAAACAAUUGUAUGUGUUAUCGCCUUAUAAAAACUGUUUCAUUAAAAAAAAAGUUGUAUCAUAAUAAUAAUUCUGUAUUGCACAUGACAUAUUUAUACAGUGUACUGUUCUCCAUUUUCAUAUAUGCAAUAAUAUUUUAAUGUGACAUUAAUUGAGUUUUGAAAUUAUCAAUUGACAAGAACAGAAUGAAUCCAAUUUUUUUUUUUUUUAAAUAUAUAACCUUCUUUAGCUUUUUAUACAACAGUUAAAAUACUUUUAGAUUCACUGUACAAUAUAUUUCAUUACAUUUACACCUUAUGCUAUUAAAUGUAUUAAAAUGAACAUUCAGGGUCAUAAUGAUUCAGAUUACAAUGGAAUGCUACCUUAAAGUAAUAUAGUGUUAAGAAAAAUAUUUUGUGUUUUAGAUUACAUGUAGCUCAUGAGGUGGUGUGCUUUUUUUUUUUUUUUUUUUACUCAUUUGCACCCGAGUAAAACUGUUAAUUCUCUAGUUAUACACUUAAGUACUGUGCUUUUUUUUAUAGUGGUUCAUUUAAUACAAUUGUGUCUAAAGAUAAGUGCCAACUUGAUGAAACAUUCAGUUUCAUGUAACAAUGAAGCAAGGCUUAGCUAGUAAAGACCAAACCUAUCUGGGCUAUCUAAAACCUGUCAUUGGUUGUUGUUCUUUCAGGAUAUGCAUAGUCACUUCUGAAUUACUGUACACUGGAUCUAACAACUAAUAGUGUAUACUUUGUCAUAGUCAUGUUCAGUUAAUUUUUUUUUUGUCAUUUAUAUAUAUAUACCGGUAUUUUUUUUUUUGUUGUAAGUUAAUGGCAUCUUGAAGUGGAAAAUUUAACAAGUUUCUUUAAUUGCUUUAUUUGUAGACGUUUUGUUAACAGUAAUUCUGUUUUAACUAUAAAAAUGUUACAUUGUGUCCAUUUUAAAAAUAAACACAAAAUGUGCUCAGUGAUGAAAGAAAGUAACCACAAAAUAUUUUUUUUUUUAAUAAAUUUAUUUCACAUAGGGUGUAAUUAAUGAGUGAAACAAUUAUAUAUCUCAUACCAUGUUUUACACUCAGCAAAAAACUUGUAUAUAGAUCUUGUGUUUUUAUAAAGUUGUGGAUUACAUACAUUCUUUUUACACUUAGUACUGUAUAUCUUUAGUUUUUUUUAAUAGUGAAAAAACUGUUUGACAAACUUACAUUGUAACAUAACUUUUUUUUUUUUUUCUUACUUUAGGUCUAUGCUUUCUAUAAUGAUAACUCUUCUUCAAAAUCUUCUGAAAUUGAUUUUAUAAUAGAAUCUCCAAGGAUAUAUUCUGUUACAUUUAAUUAAGUUUCUUCUAUAAAUUUAUAAUCAGAAGCCCAACAUAUUCAGUAUAAAUUAUAGGGUUUUCAAAACGUCAUUAUUGUGCCAAAAUUUACAGGAGUAAUUUUUUUUUUUUUUAAGGAAGCUGUCUGAGGGGAGAAAGCAUGUGAAAUCUUGUGCUCAAAUAUGCGUUCAACUUUCAAAAACAUAUUCUUUGUUCUGUAUAUUUUUUGUAAUACAUUAAAUUAUCACAGGUGAGGUGUAAGGAGAUACUGUAACAAAAGUUUCUAUUGUGUCUUAACAAUUCAUCUUAACUAGGAAACAAAAAUCAAAAAUGAUUUAGCAUGAACAGCAUUAAUCUUGAUUUUUUUUUUUCAUCCUAUUUAUCUACAUUUGUUUUAUUUAUUUCAUUAUCAUUUUCAGAUACUGUUCCAAUUUUCUAAAAAAAAAACAGGUUUAAUUUCUUGUGAGCUGAAUCCUAUCACUUUGUAUUUCUCUCAUUGCUGUAUAUUGAAAGAAAAAUAAAUUGAAUGAGACAUGCA